AUCCAAUGACGGUUUUGUCUAUGAGUAUUAAACAUGAAUCCCAUUUCCAUGAAUGUAAAUAUGGCGAGUAUGAGGGUCAUUUGGUUUAUAGAAGAGAAGAAACAGCACCUUCUUUGCGUCUUCACCAAUUCAAAAAUCAAGCCAGAAGAUCCUUGAGAUUCUGUCGGAUCUUCCUUUCCAAACUGUCAGAUUUCCAAGAGGAUUUCUUGAAUCUCCUCUGAUUCAGUUGUCCUCCCAUUUAAAAACUCCCCCAACCCUUCUUGGGUUUCAUCAUUAUCUUUUUCUUCUUGAUCUUCAUCAUCUCCACAGUCAUUUUCUCUCAUUUUUGGUUGGUUGCUUCAUUGCUUUUGGGAUCAUGGGUUUGGGAGCUACAGAUUCCCAGUUUCCUGUUCUGGCUGUAGAUGAUAGCAUCAUUGACAGGAAGUUGAUUGAGAGACUUCUCAAGACUUCUUCUUAUCAAGUUACUGCUGUAGAUUCUGGAAGCAAGGCUUUAGAAUUUUUGGGUUUGAAUGAUGAAGUGGAGCAAAGUGAUAUUGCAGAAGCUCCUUCUGUGUCUCCAAACAAUCAUCAUCAGGAAGUAGAUGUGAAGUUGAUCAUUACAGAUUAUUGCAUGCCAGGAAUGACAGGCUAUGAUCUCCUAAGAAAGAUUAAGGAAUCUAAGUCUCUCAAAGACAUACCAGUUGUUAUCAUGUCUUCAGAGAAUGAACCAUCAAGGAUCAACAGAUGCUUAGAGGAAGGAGCAGAAGAGUUUUUCCUGAAACCAGUAAAAUUGUCUGAUGUCAACAAGCUUAGACCCCAUAUGAUGAAGGGUACAAGUAUGGAAGACGAAGCCAACAUCAGCAAGAGAAAGGCCAUGGGAGAAAUCCAAGCUCCUGAGAGAACUAGAACAACAUAUAAUGGCUUUGAUGUGCUUUCAUGA